ACACACGUGGAGUGAUCAAUCGUAUGUAGAAACUUAUACCGGCUUUACGUCAGCGCAUCGAAUGCGACGUUAUUCUACCGUAUCUUUUCUUAUUGUUAGAAAAAUAAUUUAUCUUAUUAAAAUAUUUUUCAAGAUAUAAAACCACAUUAUAUAUAUAUAUAUAUAAUAUAUAUCUGACGCUCGUUUACUUUUUUUAAACAAUAGGUUACGCAAAAUAAUAACAAACUGAAAGAUCUUUUGGCAGUUUUCAUUUAAAAUAUUAAGGCGCGAUGGCGCUUUUUUUUACGUUUGUAUUAAAGUACAUGAAUUUCAUUCCCUGAUUAUAUCCCCCUAUAUGAAUAUAAAUAAUCAUUAUUUUGUAUGAUUUUGUAUAAUUAAAAGAUUACAAUAUUCGUUAUAGUUUUAUAUUGUAAUUAUCUUUAAAAGUCCAAAGAUUUGAUAUAAUAACAUCAAAUGAUUAAAUAAGAUAAUCAAACAAUUAUGAAUUAUCUUGGUGAAAAUGACAAUGAACAAUAUUGUAAAUUAUGCAACAAAAAUUCUAAAAUUUAUACUUGUCCUAAAUGUGAGAUAGGUUAUUGUAGUUUAAGUUGUUAUAAAUCAGAAAAACAUUUAGAUUGUACAGAAAGUUUUUACAAGGAGUGCGUUGAAGAUGAACUUAGAUCUUCUCAAUAUGAUCCUGAAACUAAAAAAAAGAUGCUUAGUAUUCUUAAUAGGAUGCAUGAACAAAAUUUAGAAAAUGAUACGUUUCUAGAUAAUGAAGAUGAAGAAUUAGAUUCGGAUGAAGAAUUAGAUUCAGACGAUGAAACAAAUUUACCCGAUUUAGAGGAAAGAAUAAAAGGUAUAGAUUUGGAUAAUCCUGAUGAAAUAUGGGCAGUGUUAAGUAAUAAUGAGAAACAACAAUUCAAAGCUUUAGUAAAAAGCGGAGAAGCAUCUAAAUUGUUGCCACCAUGGAUACCAUGGUGGGUGAUUUAUAAAAAACCAUUGAUAGAAAGUUUAGAAACGACUGAAGAAACUAAACAAAACGAUAAACAUGAAAGAAAAUAUCCAGCGAUAAUAGAUGUUCAAUCAUUUAAUCAACAAAAGGUAGUUUCUUCAGAAAUAUUAUGUUGUACCAUCGUUAAUGUGAUUUAUGCUUAUACAUAUAUAGCACUUUAUUACAAUGGUGAUUAUUUAAACUUCGCGGAAGAAGCUAGUAAUAAUUUUCUUAGUAUCUGUGACACCAUGAGGAUAAACAAAAUAUUUGAUAAUGAAUUAUCUGCCCUUCAAUCUGUUAUGCAAAAUGUCAUGCAAAUAGAAUAUUUACCAAAAGAUCAUCAGACAUUGGAAGACUUUGUUGAGGCUACUAUUUCUAUAAUAAGGAAUCCAGAAAAAGUAAAAGAUACAUUGCAUACAUGUGCCGCUCUUUCUGAACUUUGGCGAUUGUUAUCGACUGUGCGAAAAGAAAUAAAAAUUAAUAAGCAUAAAACAACGGAAGAACAAUUUUCAAAAAAAUCUACUCAACAUAACGAAGUAAAAAAUAGUAAUCUUUCAAGAAAAAUGUUAUUUGCGUGUAUGAAGAAAUUAGAAUUUUAUGUGUCAUGGAUCAAAUCUUACGGCAAAAAUAUAUUCACAUGAAAUGUACAAAUUUUUGUAAUAAAUGAAUUAAUUGUUAUGGAAAUCUUAUGUGUAUGAAUAUAUCAAUAAAACGAAUAAUUUAUCAAACAAAAAAAUAUUUAUAAACGUAAAUAAAUAAUAAGCUAGUCUAAGGAUAGUAUUAAGGGUAUAAGAAGAUGAAAAUAUAAUUGGAAAUAUGUGAGAAUUUUUUGUGAGUACGUGGGAAUCAUUUCUUUUGUCAAUU